GGACCGCACCGCGUUAUGACGUCCACUUUACGACGGGAGCUCCCCAUCUGCACCGGCCCGGCUUUACCUCCUCGACAGCUGAAGCGGAUUGGGGCCAAUCCACAGCGUGGGCAACAUCCAAAGGCAGGGGGCAGAACCAGGGGAGCGGAAGAAGGAAGGUGGAGGGGGUCUCCGCUUGACAAGCUGGAGACGUGGGGUGAGGAUGGAGAAGAUCAGCAACCAGGACGACUACCAGCUAGUCCGGAAACUCGGGCGCGGGAAGUACAGCGAGGUCUUCGAGGCCAUCAACAUCACCAACAACGAGCGUGUGGUGGUGAAAAUCCUGAAGUGAAGAAAAAGAAGAUAAAACGAGAGGUUAAGAUUCUGGAGAAUCUGCGAGGUGGCACCAACAUCAUUAAGCUGAUUGACACUGUCAAGGAUCCAGUGUCAAAGACCCCAGCUCUCGUGUUUGAGUACAUCAAUAAUACAGAUUUUAAGCAACUGUACCAGAUCCUGACCGACUUUGAUAUUCGAUUUUAUAUGUAUGAGCUGCUCAAGGCCCUGGAUUACUGUCACAGCAUGGGGAUCAUGCAUAGGGACGUCAAACCCCACAACGUCAUGAUAGACCACCAACAAAAAAAGUUGAGGCUCAUAGACUGGGGUUUGGCAGAGUUUUACCAUCCAGCUCAGGAAUACAAUGUCCGUGUGGCCUCUAGGUACUUUAAAGGACCAGAGCUCCUUGUGGACUAUCAAAUGUAUGAUUAUAGCUUAGACAUGUGGAGUUUAGGCUGUAUGCUGGCCAGCAUGAUCUUCCGAAAAGAGCCCUUCUUCCAUGGUCAAGACAACUAUGACCAGCUGGUUCGCAUUGCUAAGGUUUUGGGUACAGAUGAGCUAUAUGGAUACCUGAAGAAAUAUCACAUAGAACUGGACCCACACUUCAAUGAUAUCCUGGGGCAGCAUUCACGGAAACGCUGGGAAAACUUCAUCCAUAGUGAGAACAGACACCUGGUCAGCCCCGAAGUCCUGGACCUUCUGGACAAACUUCUGCGAUAUGACCAUCAACAGAGGCUGACUGCCAAAGAAGCUAUGGAGCACCCCUACUUCUACCCGGUGGUGAAGGAGCAGUCUCAGCCCAGCUCAGAAAAUGCUGUGCUUUCUAGUGGCCUGACAGCAGCACGAUGAAGACUGGAAAACGACGGGUCCGAUGCUGUUCCUCCCAAUUUUCCAUAAGCAGAACAAGAACCAAAUCAAACGUCUUAUCAGCGUGUGUACAGAGAUGGCGGCCAGACGGCAUGGCGGUGGCGGGGUACGAGAGCAGGGACUGCGCCGGCUUGAUGGCACCCAACAGUUUAUAAACACAAACCUUACUUCUGAAUGUAAAAGGUUCCUUCGCCUUUGACUUCCUGUUGACCUCUUCCUGACCCAGAAAGCAUGGAAAAUGUGAAGGGUAUGCAAAAUGGUUGUUGGUUAAUGUUGCUUCCCCCUCACCCCAGCUUUUGUUCCCUGAACUCCAGCGUUAACAUAUUAACUAGCUGGCUCCAGACUUGGCAGGGCAGAGAGGGAAUGGGGAUGAGGGUGGACUAUAUGGCAUGAUGGACAGUUCUAUAUUAUAAUUAAAAGAAUUAUAUAUUAUUGAAUAAAAGUUUUAAAAGAAAUGUAUGGAGAGUAUUCAGUAUGGAAGGAGCCAUGGGCCAUGACCUGCUGCAUUGGAAGAGGCUGGGAUUACUCUGAGCGUUUCCUGGUGCUCUUUUCCUUGUUUUAUAUUAUGUAGAGACGUUGGCAGGGGCAGAAGAGAGGGAGAUGAAUCUUGUACAAAGGCUUUUUGAAGUGUUAUGGAGAACAGGAGGCUACCUACUCUGCCUGUCGGGUGGUGCUUAGACACCUGGCAUAAGGGUGGACAGGAGCUGAAUAUACAAGAGAACUCCAUGUUGAUUCCAGAUGUCCUUCCUUCAAAUGUCAAGCUCCUUUUGAGGCCUCAAUAAACACUAGAUGAUCACCCAUGUGGUGCCUGCACCUCUGUAGGUGCUGUGACUAGUGGCUGCUGCCUUUAGCCAGUGUCCUGUUUCUUCUUCCUUCCCUUCCCUGCCUGCCUCUCUAGAGUGAGGAGUGGGCUUGUGAAAGGCCCCACCUCUUUCACUUCCUCACCCCCAGAGGAGAAGGCAGUACUGUUGGGGAAAAGGCACUCCCCCCCAAAGGUGCCUGAAUCGGGGGGGGGGGGGGGGGGUUGUUGCAUUUGGUUCAAGCUCUACUUUCCUGAACGUCUCUGCUGGAUUAAAAAACAAAAGAAAUGCCCAUCUCGCCCUGCUUCAUCCUGUUAGGCCCAAUACCACCUAACAAACAGAAAAUGACUGACUAUUCCUAUAGUGCAGCAAGGGAGGGGCUAGUUCUUGGUUACAGUAAAAAAAACAAAACAAAAAAGCUGUCCCUGCUCCCUUGAACUGAAAAGGGCAUGUUAGAGCAGAAGAAACCUACUCCGCUUCCCUCUCCCCCUGCACUGGCAAGUCACGCUCCAUGUAGGGUCACAGUCUCCCCAGGUGCCUUCAGCUACAGACAGAGCCAGCAGUACCCACCAUGCUUUAAUGUGUUCACUCUUUCAUGCUCUCUCCCUGGCCUGCCACUGGAUCUCUAUGCAGUAGAUCAGAAUUGGCUGGGGGAGGUAUAGAGUAAAUCAGCCUCCUUUGUUCCCUGAUGUCCCCCAAUCCUCACUUGUGUUGAGCCACCUCUUCCAACAAGCAGUGGGCCUGGAUGCAUUUUUGCCUUGGUGAAGGUAGUGAUUUCUGUUGGGUGGAUCAAUAGACCCCUGUCAUGGCAGCUGAUGUGUCACCCACUCAAUCAUCCAGUGUUUAUCUGAGUGGCCUUUCUACACUGUCUGAGCUUCAGGAUUUUGGCUGGGCAGGCAACAUUUCCAAUCGAGCAAACUAGAGCUUGAAGUUAACAAACCCAGACACUUGAAGCUACUUUUUAAUAUCCCAGCAGGGCUCUACAAUUCUACUUUGUAACCUCCUUUUCCCCUGCCUCUUCCCCCUCCUCCAAGCCCUCUUGCAUAGUUUUUAUACAGUGCCCUGGUACUGAAACUGUCUGUUGUAAGGCUACCUCUGAUAUAAGGCUCUCUGCUGUAUUUUUGUCUCCCAGCUAUUUGGAAGCUCAUUAUAAAUACCUCUUUAUAACAAGCACCUCCCUGUAACGUAUGUUUCGUAUCUUCUAAGCCUUAUAGAAGUGGUGCUAUGUAUGUGUGUGUGUAUAUAAAAUAUGUAUUUAUUA